AUGCCGUACAAUACCCGUCGCAAGUCCCUGUCGCUGCCGUCCCUCGGUAUACACAUCCCGCAGUCGCAUCCCAGGUCCAACAAGUCAACCUCGUCGUCGAAGAAUACCAACACUUCCCCGUCCAAGAUGGCCCUUACAAGACCGGCGCCCGACCACGACGCCCCAGAGCCCUCGAGCAAGAGGAUAAAACGGUCGCACGAUGUCGACGUCAGCUCGCCCGCCCCCUCGUCGGCCGCACACUCCAAGCCCGUCGUCACAGCCACGAAACGAAGCCCUCCGUCAUCGCCUCGCUCCGGGGUCAAGAGAUCUAUUGAGCGGGACGAUGCCCAGCAUCUACCCACCAUGAAGCCCAUCGACCUGAAGAAGGUCAACGAUGAGAUUGUCGAGGCCGUCAUUCUCCGACUCCAAGACACCCGCAACCGCCCUCAGCUCAUCAAGGAUCUCUCUACCGCGCUUAUCAACAAGCUCCAGGUUGUCAAGACUUCGGCCAACCCGUGCUCCAUUAUUUCUUCCAGACUUGCUGCUUUCAUGAAGCGCUCGUCUUGGUCCGCCUCCUCCCCUUGCCCACUUGCCAAGGAGUUGGAGACUGUGCACCCUCGGCGCACUUACUACUACUUGACCACAUGCCCUCACCUUCCCCUGCCGGAUGCAACGUCCUCGCAGCUUAGCACCACUGUCACCCCGUCCCUGGCAAGCUCCAUCUCCACUACCGAAGAGACCGAGAGCGACCGCAGGAGAGAGCUCAGCAUGUCACCUGAGGUUGACCUGUCUUCUCCCGAGUUUGAUGACAUUGACGACGAGGUUCCCAUCCCUGGUACCCCCAUGGGCUCUGCCUCGGGACGGCAACGUCCAGUCCACAACGUCUCGCGGGCGCACAAGGCUGAUGAGCCUCCGCUGGAGAAGGACGAGAAGGAGUUUACACAGACCGCCGAUGGUCUGCAGAAACGCAGACUGACCGGCAAGCUCCUCUCCGCCGACCCUGUGGACAGCAACCUGCUAGUCGACGAGAGCCUCCAGAAUGAAACACUUUUCGGAGAGUCGCAUCGAGCCCUGGCGCUCGCGCCAAGCUUCUUCCCCCACAUGGCCUACAUGACCAGUCCAGCCAUCAGACCCAGUGUCCCGAUGCCUGUCUCGGCCAAGAAGGACAAUGAAGCUGAGAGCUGGCUGAAACUUGAUGCCAUGCUCGAUUGGGACAGAAGUCCCGAGACCGUUGAGCUAGACGAGCUCGACGGUCUUUUGAACGGAUUUUAA